CACUUCAUGACAUUAUAUUUGCUAUCCGGGUCCGUCCGUGAUUGUUUUUCGACGGUUCGAGAUUCACCUGCAUCAAUAAAUCCGAGAGAUCAAACAAAAAUCCGCAGGUAGGUACACACGCAGGUAUAUAUAUGGCCGGCGAUCCGCAGUAUACUUCAAUUAUUUCCGUACAGACAUCAGCAGAGUUGACAUCGCUUGUGUGACAAAAAAAAAAAAAAAAAACAAAACGAAAAUGCCGUCUAUCAAAAAUAUCGCAGUGUUGUCCUGUUUCGUGGUAUGUAUAUUACACGUCGUUAUAAUUAUCUACGAUAAAAAACACGAUAGGGUAUUUUAAUGUAAAAAUUAUUUUUUUUUUUCAAUGUUAUGAAAUACCGGAAAAUCGAAUAAUCUGUUGAACGUACGCUAAAUUAACGUUUAGAAUAAUAAAAAAAAAAAAAUUGAAAAUUAAAAAAAUGCUCGUAAUAUUCGCUUUAAGUCGAUUUUUUUUUAUCUAAUUAAUAUCAUUCGCCGUCUUCUCGAUGUUCUUGUGUAUUUUUACGAAUACUGCAGUGCAUAUAGCUGCGGCAGCACUAUAUUAUACAAUGAUAACGUUAAAACGGGAAAAAAAGUAAAUUGAUUGCAAAUCGAAUUCUCAUUAAAAUACCAAUUAAGUUUUUUUAGGUCAUCUGCGAUAUUUUUUAGUCCGACCGAAUUAUAAAAUUGACUUUUUUCUUUUUUAUUAAUCCGACUUUAAAACGCCGAGUUUAGAAAACAAUUUCAUUUAUACGGGGACGUACGCUGCGAGACACCUCAUAUAAUAUUAUGACGCGUAAUUUUGUUUCGGUCAACUCUUCAACGCCGCGCGUAUACAUCGACGCGAUCGUUCAAUUCUUUUAACGAAAUCAAUAAAAAAAAGAAAAAAUUACGACGAUCGAACGAAAUCUCGACCGACAACGAAAUCAAUAAAAAAAAGAAAAAAUUACGACGAUCGAACGAAAUCUCGACCGACAUCAUCGUAUCGUCGGCCGCGGAAAAUCGUUGAACCCGACACGCUUCGGAGGUAGGUAGUGCGUAUAAUUAUUAUUGAUACGACACGAGUGCCUUUUUUUUCGUAGCAUUUUGAAUCCAGUCGGUGCAUUUUCGGAGGUCGUUUGUUGAUAUUUCUCGUAGUUUUUUCAAUAAUUGAAAACAGAACAAACGUUGAAAAUGACGCACUAACGGUUUCUGUUAUUCACGAUUUAUUGCCGUCCGCAAUUCGAUGAAAACCGUUCGUGGAGACCGGAGGAGAAAUUGUCAUCGAAUACUUUUAUUAGCUUCUUUCUAGACGUACUUCAAUUUUAAACACAAUCUCGCAAUAACUGAGCAUUCAAUAGGCAUUUGUUUUUUUUUUUUUUUUUUUUUUUUUUUUUUUAGUUUUCAUUUGAUUUUAUGCGAUUGAAAUUUUUUCCUGAAUUCUCGAUAUGAGCUUUUAUACACAAAUUUCAAGCUGUGCUUGUUGAGCGUUAUUGUUUUCUAAGCCUUUGAGUUCAAGUUUUGACGAAAAUCGCGGCAUUUUAAUAUGUAUUUAAACAAACUUGGUUCAGAAUCGUUUUUGGUUAGCAAUGAUUUAUCGUCGCUAACAAUAAAAUCACCCUAAAUAUCCGACUACGAUCCCCGUCUAAUACAAUAGCACACCCGUCAGCAGCAUCGGUUCUUUUUUAAUUUAUUUUUAUUACUGUUCAUUAUUAUUAUUUAAUCAAUAUUCAGCUCGUAUACAAAUCGAACGCAUGUUAUUAUAUUGUAAUUCUGUUGAUACGCUAGCCAUCAUUACUAUACACACUGUACGGUUUGACAAAUUUGUAACGAAAAUUAUUGGCCGACCGACGGAUUAAAAAAAAUAAAUAUUUUAUACAACAUUUUGUCUUGUUUAUUAUCGGAUUAACUGUUGUAAAUCGUACAUUAUGACCAGUUCAAGUCCAGGCAUUAUUAUAAUAAUAUUAUGUAAUUUAUGAACGCGCGUAAAAAAGUAUACAGAUUCAAAAAUUGAAAACUAUUUUAUUGUUAUUAUUCAUUGUUCUUUGUUCGGUUCUUUUUUUUUUUAUUAUUAUUUUUAUUUUUUACAAUCGAUGUUGGUCCAGACCGAAAAAAAAAAUGAGAAUUAUGAAAAUAUUUUAGUCGAAACGCAAAAAUACCACUCUAUACAGUAAUAAUGUUUGCAAAGUUAAAAAGUCAUUGACGAGCAGACAAUACACACAAAGGCGACGUUUUUUAAAAUAUUAUUUUAAUAAUUAUUAUACUUAACGAACACUAACUACUCUUCUACAGAUAAAUUGUAUACACACAAAAACAGAAUAUUCCAAAAUAUCUCUCGAUGAAACCGCAUUAUUAUUUUAUAAUACACUCUACGGGUGUCUCGCGAAAAUGUACUCUCACACACUCUUUCUCCCUCUUAUUUUUUUCUUUUUAGAAGUAAGUGGUUAGAGUACCUAAGAUAAACACCAUUACCGCCCGGAACCGCCACGAUAUACCCGCGACAACGAGAGAAAGAACAAUUUUCGUGUAAAAACUACAUAUUUAAAACAAAUACAUUUUUACGCAUUAAAACAAUACAUUUUUAACGUAAUUAUUAUUACACUUUUACGACUAAUAACCUUACCGGAUUGCCGAGCACUGCUCAGAAUAGUUUUUCUUUUUUUUUUUUUGUCAUAGCGAUUAUUAAUCGCCGCUUUCAGUAGGUAAAUAAACUAAAUCACUCCGUAUCCUUUACCUUCUAAACGUCUCGUCUAAAACCAUGGGCGGCCUACCGACGGCGCGUCGAGUGUAAUAUUUUCAGGUUUUCGUAAAUACAACUUGUAUAAUUUCGCGCUUAAUGUAAUAUUUCCAGGUCAUCGCCAUCGUGAGCGUAACCGAAACCCACGGGUACGUGGUGGUCCCUCCGUGUGUCGUUGACCCGCUCUACAGCAAAGUGAAAGCCGAUUUGUACGACCUCCAAGAGACUGAACUGAACUUAAUGAACGACUCGCAGAAAUUAGCGGACAUGCAAAAGGAGUAUCUGGAUGGAAACGUCGACUAUUCGUCCGUCGUACGGGCCCAGAGAGAAGUGAACAAUACCAGAAAACAAUGGUACCAGAAAGCGUUGAAAUACCUCGACGACAGCGUUGAAUUUGAGAACGUGGUCAACGGACCGCUUUCGAACAUGUUCUACCCCAACAACGGCUUGAUCAAUAAAUCCCAGACUACCAAAAUCACCGUAGUGUAACGUGUCGUAUAAAAAAAGACAACAACUGUUGUGCCGGUUAUAGGCUAUAAAUACAUAUUUAUCUUAAUAAUAAUAAUUUUAUAACUAUGAUUUUAUUAUAUAACUAUUUUGUUUUUCGUUUUUGAAAUCUAUAAUAUUACACAAUGUAACUGAUGUCCGUUGAAAUAAAAACUUCUCAAAUCAUCGCCCCGAGCUUUGAAAA